UGGUGACUGCGGGAGGCUUCACGCAGAAUUCGACAAGCGACGAAACUUGGAUUUACGGACUUCACCUUUGCGCUCAGGUGUCAAAGUAAAGGUGUUUAUACCUCGUGGCUCCCGCAUGUGUCUACUCUCCGGCGUAUCUUCAUUUACUGUCCUUCAGCUCACUUUUUGCUCAGCAUUAGAUUAGUUUUUUUUUUUUUGGGGGGGGUGCUGUGUUUGUGUUCAGAUGACGGCGCAGGUAGACUACCUGGUGGUGGUUUUCACCGCCACAUCUGGCGCGAGCGGAGAGCUGCUUGGAUCUGACGAAAAGGAGCUCGAGCAGUUGGUUUGGCAGCUGGUGGAUGUAAAGAACGAAAAGUUGGGCAAGGUGAAUGAGCUCCUCAUUAAGCCGGACCUCUCAGACUUGACUGAGGAAAAAGAGGAGGUGGAGGAGCAUGAGGAAGAGGAGAAAAGAUCCCGAGCAGAUAAUGUCUACACAGCUACAAGUCUUGAGACAGCAUUAAACUUGUUUCAUUUACAACUGACAAAUGAGGUGAACAGCGCGGGCGCAGGCACGUCGGUGUGUUUGUGUACAGACGGGCCCCUUCACAUCCGCCAAGUGAUUCACCCCGAGGCCGCAAGCAAGAACAUCCUGGUCCCAGACUGUUUCUACUCUUUCUUUGACCUUCGGAAAGAGUUCAAGAAGCACUUCCCUACAUCUGACCUCAAGGCUUUGAAUGCACACAUCAUGGCAGAGUCUCUUAGUAUACCUGUUGAUGUGCCUGCUAUGUUGGACCCCUCAGCCACACCUGAUCCCUCAGCCAUAUUGUCUGCAGAAAUAGCAGUCCAGCAGGUCCAGGUUAUGGGUAGCAUUGUCCUUGCCCUGCUUUCUGAGCCAUUUAGCCACACGUUUUCUACCCAUGAAAGAGUUAGUGAGAAGUUUGAGACUGGCACUUGCAGUAAGAUGGAGAAAGUGUGUGACAACACAGUCAUCAGAGCUAGAGGGUUGCCAUGGCAGUCUUCUGACCAGGACAUUGCUCGAUUCUUUAGAGGACUCAAUAUUGCCAAAGGAGGGGCUGCGCUGUGUCUUAACGCUCAGGGGAGGAGGAACGGAGAAGCUCUUGUUCGUUUUGUCAGUGAAGAACACAGAGACCUGGCGCUGCAGAGACACAAACACCACAUGGGCAUCAGAUACAUAGAGGUUUACAAAGCAACAGGAGAGGACUUCCUGAAGAUAGCAGGAGGUACUUCCAAUGAGGUAGCAAUUUUCCUGUCCCGUGAGGACCAGAUCAUAGUGAGGAUGCGAGGUCUUCCCUUCACCGCCACACACGAGCAGGUGCUCACCUUCUUCUCCCCGGAGGAGGGCCUCAAAGAGAUGUGUCCGGUCAGCGGAGGGAAAGACGGCAUCUUAUUUGUUCGCUAUCCAGACGGCCGGCCAACUGGCGAUGCCUUUGUUUUAUUUGCCUGUGAGGAACACGCCCAGUGUGCUCUGAGGAAGCACAAGGAAAUCCUUGGGAGGAGAUAUAUUGAGCUGUUCAAAAGUACGGCAGCAGAGGUCCAACAGGUGUUGAACCGGUACUCAUCGGCCCCUCUGAUCCCAGUGGCCCCUGCCCCCCUGGUGUCAAUGCUUCCCACAGUGUCUCUCCUGCCCCCUCCUGGUGGUAUGCGGGACUGCCUGAGACUGAGGGGGCUGCCGUACACAGCAAGCAUAGAAGACAUUCUCACCUUCCUGGGCGAGUUUACACACGAUAUCAGACCACAUGGUGUACACAUGGUCCUCAACCAGCAGGCUCGUCCAUCAGGUGACUGCUUCAUCCAGCUGACCUCGCCAGAGCGGGCUAUUCAGGCCUCACAGCGGCUCCACAAGCACAUUAUGUCCAGCCAGCGUGGGGCCAACAGCCGCUAUGUUGAGGUGUUCGCCUGCAGCGCGGAGGAGAUGGGCCUGGUGCUGAUGGGAGGCUCACUCUCACACACACACACACAUGCACACACCCGGAGCAGGAGUGGGACAGGGCUCAGCCCGCCGCCAUGUAAGUCCAGACGUUUAUCUCCUCCAUCCUACUCCUUCGCCCCCGCUCCACCUGUCAUGUCUGCAGAGGCAGCUGCUGCCCUCUACCCUCCCAUUGGUCAGGUGUUGCUGGCGCCACGGCAUCUGCCACCAGGACAUGCCUACUACCCCCCAUCAGCCCAGCUUUAUAUGAACUACGCCGCCUACUAUCCCAGCCCACCUGGCUCACCUACCACUCUAGGUUUCUUCCCCUCCCCCUCAUCCCUCUCCUCCCCAGGGGGGUUGGUGCGCAUGCCGGGUCUGACCUACAACGGCAACGGAGUUAAAGACCUCCUCAGUGCAAUGCAGGGAUACCAGUAUGCCCCCGAGGAUGCUCUCAUGCACGCCCAUGGGCCUGUGCACGCUCACGACCCGACCGGGACAUUGCUUACACAGCCCAAAGAAUGGGUGUGUAUUUAAGGUGUCUGAGGCAGGUGGCAGUGUCCCGCGGAGUCCAUGUCUCUCCUGAGCAGCAGUCUGAUGGGUCAGUCCAGCGGAGGUGAUGCUUCUCUCAUGUCCCUCCCCGC